UUUUCUUCAAUUAUCACAGCUUUCCUUCCACAAAAACUCACCCAACACCAUUCUCUUACUACCCCAACCCCACGCUAUGUGAUGGGGAUUAGGGCUCACCUCACUGCACUCAGUUAUAUAUGAGCCACGAAGUUCUUAUUUUGCACUCAAUUUCCUUUUUGGAGAAUAAUUGGCGUUACAUGCGAAAAUUAGAGCAGGAUACUAGGGUUUUAUGUUGUUACUGGAUUUGAUUGCUGAAUGUGUGGGGAUAAUUAGUUGAAGUAGUAGUUGAAUGGCGCCGGGAAGGAGAAAAGGUGCCAAUAAAGCUGCGGCAGCAGCUGCCGCCCGGCGGGAGUGGAAGGUAGGCGAUCUCGUGCUUGCUAAAGUCAAAGGAUUUCCGGCUUGGCCGGCGGCGGUGAGUGAGCCAGAACAGUGGGGUUACACUGCUGACUCGAAGAAAGUAGUAGUACAUUUUUUUGGUACUGAACAAAUUGCUUUCUGUAAUCAUGCUGAUGUAGAAGAAUUCACGGAAGAGAAGAAGGCAUCUCUAGUAGGAAGACGCCACGGGAAAGGCACUGAUUUUGUCCGAGCAGUGAAUGACAUAAUAAAUUGCUUUGAGAAAUUGAAGAAACAAGAUAAAGUCUCCAAGACUAAUGAUACAGAUGGAACUAAUAUAGCCAAUGAGAACAGAGAUGGACCUUUGACUGAAUGUGUGAAAGAUGAUGCAGUAGUGGUUACAGUUAAACAACUUUCUACUGGGACCACUCAUGAUCUGAAUUCUUUAACUGAAGCUGCUUUAGCUGCAGCUGCGGAAGAUGCUUUACAGGAUGAGGACAUGCAAUUGGACGAGAUACCUUCUAAAAGGGUGUCUACAGAAAAACCUAUAUCUGCAACUUAUUUGGCAAGGGACCAAUCCGAUGUUUCUAGGAAAAGUGGUGCAAGGAGAAGGAAAUCUGUUCCUGUGUUGAGAAGUUCAUCAAGGGUAGCUGCUAAUAGACCCCAAAGUACCCUGAUACCUUCUACCAUCAACACCAGGAGCUCUAGAUGCUCAGGUGCAAAUGUAUCAGAUGAUAGAUCUUUUAGAAGAAGUAAGAGGAUUGUGAAGUCAACUGAUGAUUCUGUUGGUGAGGAUGUUGGCUCACUUGCUUUUGUAUCAAGUGAUAGCAUUGAAGAGAGUGAUUCUGGAAUUAUGACUGGGGACUCUGACACCCUUAGUAACAAUGAUGACUCUGGUUGUAAGCCAGUGGGAUUGGAGCAGCCCUUCACUGAAAAUACUGAGGGGAACAGUGAGUUAAGCAAUAGCCUUGACUUUCAAAGUAGCAAUAUUAUCUUUAAGAAAAGAAGGAAACCAAACAGAAAAAGACACAAUAAUGAUACUGUUGAGGCAGCUAAACCUGAUGUAGUAGCUUCAGAUGCAGGAAUGCUGAGAAAUGAUUGUGUUUCCCCCACUUUUAGUGAGAAAACAGCCCAAAAGUAUGCUAAGGAUGAUGGUGAUCAACACUUGCCUCUAGUAAAGAGAGCCAGAGUUCGUAUGGGGAUUCUAUCACCAACAGCGGAGGAAGAAGUCACUUUAGUACUUAAAGAAGAAAAAAUGUCUGAAGCUCCUGGCAGUGUUGUUACAGAGUCCUCUGAGCAUCCAAGUCUCCAGGUAGACGGUGCCGACAAGGAAUCCGUUGGAGAAGGUCCAACCUUUUCAUUUCUAUCACAUGCAAGUCUUGUGAAGCCUAUCCUUUCUGUGACUAGAAAGAAUUAUGUGGAUGGGGAAGCUGCUUUACCUCCAUCUAAACGCCUUCAUCGUGCCUUGGAGGCUAUGUCUGCUAAUGUUGCUGAAUAUUCUGAACGAGCUUCAGAUUGCUCAGCAGCUCCAAAUAUUCAAAUUAAUGCUCCCUUUUUGGAAAGCUCUGAACUGUCAAUGGGAAAAAGAGAUGAGGUUGAAUUGGAAUCGAAAUCGACUAAGAACCUAAGAAAUGGUGACUCUCUAGUGCAUGCUUCUGAGUUCCGUACAAAGUCGGAGGCAGAAACCCCAAAAAGUGAUUCAGAAACUAAAACUCGUGGUAUUGAUAGUUCAGAUCCUGUAAGGUACAGAAGUUCAGUUGAAUGUGUGGAAGGUGCUGACAGUAAACGAGUAAAUUUGUGCAUGUUAAAUGAUCUUCCUGUAGAAACUGAUGCUGAGCAUCAUGUUAAACAAGAUUCUGUUAAUAUUAGUGAGCAGUCCACUCAUCUGAACUGCAAUACAGUCGGUACGACAAUGUCUUUUGCCGAUCACUCCAAGACUGUAUGUUCAGACUUGAAAGAAGUUGCUGAGACAUCUGAUCCUGAUAUUUCGCAGAUGAACUUAGAUUCUAACUAUGUGGAAGGAAGUACCGGUUGUUCACCUAAUGGUGACACCCGUGUCCAGCUUGAUAGUGCAGAUGGUAAAGGUGAUGAACCAAAUAAGACAAACCACGACAGUAAGCGGACUGAGUUUCUGGAAGAAGCAUGUUCAGCAUCUUUGGGCUCAAGUGUUGUGCUCUCAGAUGAUACUCCUACGAAGGUUCUGGAUAGCAGUCAUCGUCAUUCUAUACUACAUUCCACUUCAACAUCCUAUGACCACAUAGAAGAUAGAACUGUUUCAGUCGCUCAGUCUACCUCAUCAUUGACUGAUGGGGCAGAUGGUGCAAAAGCAUCUUCUCCAAGUUCUUCCGGAUGCAACUUAGGUUCAUUAGACAAUAAUAAUGAGCAUAAUAGCUCUUCCAGUACAGAUGCCCCGUUGCAUCUGGAAAAGACUAAACUUGCUGGAAAAUGUACCAGCAAAGGGGAAUCUUUGUCGUCCUUUCAAGCAAUCAUUAGAUCAUUGACAAGAACCAAAGAGAGCAUAGGCCAAGCUACACGGAUAGCAAUUGACUGUGCAAAACUUGGUUUUGCAACUAAGGUGGUGGAAAUACUUGCCCAAAAUUUGGAAAGGGAGUCAACUUUGCGGAAAAAGGUUGACUUGUUUUUACUUGUUGAUUCUAUUAUGCAGUGCUCCCGAGGCAUCAAGGGUGAUGGUGGUGUUUAUCCAUCUGCAAUCCAGGCACUUCUACCCCGAUUAUUAUUAGCUGCUGCUCCUGGUCGUAGCUCUUGUGAAAAUCAUCGACAGUGUUUGAAAGUUUUGAGAGUGUGGCAGCAACGAAAGAUCCUUCCUGAAUCAAUAAUCCACCACCAUAUCCGUGAGCUUGAUGUCAUUUGUGGUACGGGUUCAUAUCCUCUUGUUGGCUCUCAUCGACCCUUGAGAAAUGAAAGGGCUUUUGAUGAUCCUAUAAGAGAACUGGAGGGUGUGGAUGAGUAUGGAAGCAAUUCAAGCAUUCAGCUUCCUGGUUUCUGUAUGCCUCAUAUGCUUAGAGAUAUUGAUGGUGGAACUGAUUCCGAUGGAGAGGGCUAUGAGGCUGUUACUCCAGAGCAUAAUGUUAAAAAUAGCGAAGGAGAGAAUACUCCAGUUCCAGCAGUUGAUAAGCGCAUCCAUAUCUUGGAAGAUGUCGAUGGCGAGCUUGAAAUGGAGGAUGUGAUUCCAUGUUGUGAAGGAGAAAUUGCUUCCACCAGUAAUAUUACUGGAGCAGAUCAGACGAUACCAAAUCAUCAAUCCGAAAACCAUUAUGAAGCACCAUUUACCCCUCAGGAACCUAAGGAUGGGGCACUUACAUCUGCUUCAUUAUCAAGUUCUAACUUACCUUGCAAGUCAAAGCCUUAUUCUAGUCGUCAGGAGUACAAGAGAAAUUAUCAUGCCAACAGAUCAAAUCUGAGUAUUGUGGCAAGAGUCAAGCCAACGGCUACAGAUGCUGUGCGCCAUUAUGUUCGUGAAAAUAAAGAUUUUGAAGGCCAGAGGCAUAGACAGAUGACCGAUUCUAAUAGUGUGUGUUCGUACGGCGAUCGGCCUACCUCCCAUGUAUCAAGUCGGGCUUCUUAUAGCAACCGACAAACUGAUUCUCUCAACAAGGGUUUUCAUUUGCGACCUCCUCACCCUGCUCCUUCAAAUCGGUUUUCUUAUAUCCAUGGACAAAGGAUACAAGCACGAAGGAAUACUCCACCAUCCUCACAUUCCAAUAGAUAUCACAUACGCGAUGUAGAUAAUGGGAACUUCUAUAAGGCUCGUGGCAGGAAUAAAUUUGUACCACAUGACAAUAUUGGGGAAUGCUGGAGACCUCCAUUUCCGUCAAUCUCUGGUCCAUGCUACCCAGAUGAUCGUUCACCCAUGCCAUACUGCAGUCCUCCUCGUGAGCCACCAUUUCCUGACAAUAGAUGGAAUUUUCCUCCACGACCCAUGAACCACAGGCAAUUUAACAGGUCAUCUUUCGAAGGUCCUGUUCCUGUGGCAAAUAGAGGUCCUUUCUGGAGACCAAGAUAAUAUUUCCGAGACAGCUGCUUCGAACUGUGGUUGGAUAUGUUUCGAAGCUGUGGCUCGACUUGCCUUAAUACUGUGAGCAAGGAAGAAAAUGAGCAUGAGAUUUCAUUCAAUUGUAUAUAUGCAUUCAGGGGCUGACAGUGUUUACAAAUUUUGACAGUGUUUACAUUUUUGUAGGAUUUGAAAUUAACAUUGAAGUGUCAUCAACUGUAAUUUCUGUGUGUAAAAAUGUCUGAUGCUAUUGAUAUUCAGUAUAUAAUUUCCUAAGUUGAUUUGUCUGAA